ACGCGUUAUUGCUGCAUUGAAAUACCAAACAACUUUCUUUGAACACAAAAACCAACUCCAACUGCUUAAUAAGAGAAAUGGGGAAGAGAGAGAGAGAAAAAAAGGGGAAUUACUUUUUAUUAGUUCUGAGAAAGUUAAAAAUUAAUUAAAUUAAUAUUAUUGACUCAGCAAAAUAGCCGGCAAAGCCGUCUUCUUUAGUUAAAAAUCAUUAUUUUUUAUUUCAUAUCAUACAAAUAUAUUAAUAAUAUGAAUCGAUUAUCUUUUGAAUGCGCGUUGAACGAUCAAACCAAGCCACUCAACAAGCUUUCUCCUCUUUCUUGGUAACUAAGCCUCUUCCCAUUUCAAUUCAUCAUAUUCACUUUCUUUUUUGUUGGGUAUUCAACGAAAUUUCGUUUCCUUCAGACCCUUUUAGCGUAUUGAUCGAUCAUCCAUCGUUGUUUUUGGGUUUUAUUCAAUCCACAUGGCGGAGUACGAGGGUGACUGAAUUCAGAGACUUUUUUUACUGGGUUUGUUUGAAUUCGUCAAACUUUUAGGCAUUUUUCUUAUAAUUGGGUUCGUCUUGGGGUCUUUCGUUAGGACCAUCAUCUGAAUUCUAAAUAGUUGUGAAGUUUGACGUUGGAAAGUUUUUACUUGGAUAUAAGAAGUAAAGAUAGUUUUUCAAGAAUUUCAAAUAUGAAUUCCUUGAGUGGUUAUUGGUAGUUGAUCAUUGGGUGAUAUUCCUUUUUUAUGGAGUUGAAGAAAGAACAAGUUUUUGGGAAGUUUGGGAUUGGUUUUGGGUUCUGAUUUCGCUUGUGGAGUGGGGUUUUGUUGGGGAGUAUCUUCUAUUUGUUUUUGAGAAAAUGGGUUGUAUUUGUUCAAAGACAUCUGCUGUCAAAGACAGCAGGGAAAGCCCGAGAAAGAUAUUGUCAUCUUCAAACAACCAGUACUCGGAACUGAAGGUCUCAAGACACAAUUCUUCAAAAAGAGAAGAAGGGGUUUGGACAAAAGAGAGACUGGAUGGUGGUGAUGUCAAAGUUAUGUUAAUUGAUAAGAAAAUCAGUGGCUCUGUGAGAAUUUAUGAGGAUCAGGUUGAGAUGAAGAAGACAGAGAAGACUGAAGUUGCUGUCUUCAAUCAUCCCGGGUUUGGAAAAGUUCCAAAGGCUACACAGGGAGAGCAGGUUGCUGCAGGUUGGCCGACCUGGCUUUCUAUGGCUGCACCUGAAGCUAUCAGUGGAUGGUUACCACGCCGUGCUGAUACUUUUGAGAAGUUGAAUAAAAUUGGUCAAGGAACUUAUAGUAGUGUUUUCAAGGCUCGUGAUGUCAUUAACAAUAAGUUUGUUGCUUUGAAAAAAGUACGGUUUGAUAAUCUUGAUAUUGAGAGUGUCAAGUUCAUGGCGAGGGAAAUCCUUCUUCUAAGACGGCUUGACCACCCUAAUAUUAUUAAGUUGGAAGGGUUGAUCACAUCACGUACCUCUUGCAGCUUAUACCUUAUAUUUGAGUAUAUGGAACAUGAUCUUACUGGACUUGCAUCUCGUCCUGGUAUAAAAUUCACCGAAUCCCAGGUUAAAUGCUACAUGCAUCAACUUUUGAGCGGACUUGAUCAUUGUCAUAGUCAUGGUGUUCUGCAUCGUGACAUAAAGGGUUCGAAUCUUCUUAUUGACAAUAAUGGUAUCUUGAAAAUUGCGGAUUUCGGCUUGGCAAGUUUUUAUGAUCCUCAUAAUAGUGUCUCAUUGACGAGCCGCGUGGUUACUCUUUGGUAUAGACCACCGGAACUUCUACUUGGAGCCUCUCAUUAUGGGGUUGCAGUGGAUUUAUGGAGUACUGGUUGCAUUCUCGGAGAACUAUAUUCUGGCAGACCUAUCUUGCCUGGAAAAACAGAGGUUGAGCAGCUACAUAAAAUCUUUAAGCUCUGUGGCUCGCCAUCUGAGGAAUAUUGGAGGAAUUUGCACUUACGCCAUGCAACAGUAAUGAAGCCUCCACAACCUUACAGACGAUGUGUUGCAGAGACAUUUAAAGAACUUCCUGCUCCUGCUGUGCAGCUUAUGGAGACCUUGCUUUCCAUAGAUCCUUCCAAUCGAAGGACAGCAUCUUUUGCUCUCAAGAGUGAGUUCUUUACCACAAGCCCUCUUGCUUGUGAUCCUUCAACUUUACCCAAAUAUCCUCCCAGCAAGGAGAUUGAUGCUAAAUUUCUAGAGGAAGAAGUUAGAAGACAAGGAGCAAGGGGCCACAAGAUUGAUCUUGAAAGAAGAGGACAAAGGGAAGCUCAAGCAAUUCAUGCAGCAAAUGCUUAUGCUGGGAGAAAGCAAGAUCAUUCCAAUUCAAAGAGCCAUAGUGAAGUGUUUAACCAUCGAAGAGAGGAAUCUUACUCUGGAUAUUUGAUUGAUCCAACCAAGCAGUCCCGGGUUGUUAGAGAUUCAAGAAAGGAUUCUAGAGAUGAUCAUAACAGGAGGACAUCAUCUCAUUCAGGGCCACUAAUUCCUGGAUAUGGACUAACAAGAGCUGGAAGGGACCGUAAUGAUCCUUCCAAUGUUUCAACUAGAGCCAACUUGUCUAAGUUAUCUGGUUUAGUGGCAGCUAGGACUACUGCAUCAUCUGAAGAUCAGCAAGAGAAAGCUGGUUCCUCACACUCUCAAGAGACAAGUGAUGGUGGCAGAUUACGAUUAUCAAAUAAUGGAGCAGAUUCUACUAAAAAGCAGGACCGAAAGCAUCACUCGCUAAGAGUAGCACAUUCUCGUCGUCAAGUAGAUGAUGGAAAAGCCUGUGACAAAGAAUCAAGUCUGCAUGGUCAUAACCCCAAGUCCAACAAAAUUUACGUCUCCGGCCCUUUACUUGUUUCAUCGAAUAACAUGGAUCAGAUGCUUAAAGAGCACGAUCGCCGGAUCCAAGAAUAUGCUCGAAGAACAAGAAUCGACAAAAGCAGACCGGGUUCCCAGGGGCUAGCUUAUCCAGUGUCUGCCUCUAAGCAAGUAGCUGGAUAGAUAUACGAUCCCACGGCACCCAACACAUUCAUUCCUUUUCACUUGUUAGAGAUAAUGUAGAGAGAAAACGAGAGUGACAAGAGCAUGCUAAGCUCUCCUCCCGUAGUACUUACUUGGUGUGAUUAUUCCAUGUAUAGGUAGGUAAAUCUAGAUAGAGAGCUGUAAGAGGCCUCUCCAUUUACUGCAUUUAAUACAGUCAUAGACCCAGAGUCCUUUUUAGAAGUAAUGUGAGAAUGAAUCCGUAAUUGUAUUCUGGCAAUAUUCAUAUAGUAUUUCAAUUUAUAAUAAUAGAUAGAAGGAGAAGAAGAAGAAGAAGAAAAAAAAGGCAUUAUGAAUUUAUUUCAAACCA